UGUCACUUUAUUUAAAAAAUUAAUUUACAUGCCAUAUUUGUCAAUGACUUUAAAUUAAAUAUUAACAUUUACUCAAAUACUUUAUUUGCUCAACCAAUGACAUUACACCAAAUCAUUAUCAUUUAUAAUGUCAGUAACCUUUAAAACCUCAAUUGAUAAAAAGUAGAUAACAAGUGACAUAUUUCUAGUUUUAAAUAAAAUUUUUUAAAAAUUUAAUAGUAAAGUAUCAAGUACUGAGUAUUUAAAAAUAAAUAGUAAUUAUAAUUUUUUAAAUUUAAAAAUGAAUUCCGCAAGUAAAUACAUUCGCUUGUCAACUGGAUUUAAUAUGCCACUUGUUGGAAUCGGGACUUAUAAAACAACAGGGAGAGAAAAAAUAUACAACGUUCUUGAUGAAGCACUGGGUGUUGGCUAUCAUUCCAUAGACACAGCAGCAGUUUAUAGAAAUGAAGAAGAUAUAGGUUAUGCAUUAAAAAGUCUAUUGAAUAAAUAUGCUCUUGAAAGAGAUGAUAUUUUCAUAACUACAAAGCUAGCGCCAAGUGACAACGGAAAUCCCCAACGAAUAAGAAAAGCUGUUGAAGCAUCACUCAAAGCAUUGGGAACAUCCUACAUUGAUUUGUACUUGAUCCACUGGCCUGGAACUGGAGGAAUACCUGAAGAUUCAAUAGACAACAUCAAGUUGAGAUCAGUCACCUGGCAGACGCUGAUUGAUCUGAAGUCUCAGGGAUUUUUGCGAUCUAUUGGAGUCUCUAAUUACACUAUCAAGCACUUGCAGUUGCUGCUAGAAGAUUGUCAUGGAGAAAGUCCUGCUGUAAAUCAAGUCGAGUGUCACCCUCAUUACAGACAGGAGAAACUCGUGGAGUUUUGUAACAAAACGGGGAUUCAUGUCCAAGCGUAUUCAUCACUAGGAACAAGUAAUGAAACGACUUUACUGAGUGAUCCUAUUGUCUGUAGAGUUGCUGAAGAAUUAGACGUAUCACCAGCACGUGUGUUGUUAAAGUGGGCACUUCAACAAGGAAUUGGAAUAAUACCCAAGGCGACGUCAAAAGAGCACAUUCAUGAUAAUUUCAAAUUAGAUUUUACCAUCAAUGAGACUCAGAUGAAAGCGCUUUGUUCAUUACCUCAGAGAAAAUAUGCCUGGAGCCCAGACAAUGUUGUCUAA